GAUUGAAGAUUGAGAGGAGAGAGUGAAGAUAAAAUGGAUAUAAGAUCUAGCGAAGAGAUAUACGGCGGGAGAUUAUUACGAGAAGUUGAUGAGAGCGAAGAGAGUUUGGAAUCGCUUCUAACAACUGUUACAAAUACAUUGGAUCCCCGUCCGUCGAGAACUCAUAUACGUUCUCUAGAUGAACUGUGGUCUCAUUCGUAUCAAAAUCAACCGAGACUGUCUGUUUCGGGAGACAGUUUGCCGCUGCUAAUUCAUAUAUUAACCACACUUCUGAGUAAUGAGGAUGGAAAGGUAGGAAAGUGCGUUGUAUUAAUCGAUGUGCAUUCGAGAUUUUCUCCUUCGUUUUUAGCGUUUCAAGAGGAAGAAGAAGAUGGUGAUGAGAGACUUGAAGCUGGACAGGAGGAGAGAUUGAAGAAGUCGGAUCUCAAACAUCUUCAUAUCUUUAGACCUUCAGCUCAGAAUCUGGAAAGCACGUUGAAGGGGGUGGAAGAGUAUAUGUUUGUAUGGGGAUCAUGAUAGUUAUGGGAGGGAGU